AUGGGUCGAGUACAGUGCCCAGGCCUCCGCGCGAAUGGACUCGUUCUUCGACGUGGCGAUUCCUCGCGCGUACACCAUGCACAACUACAGUACAUCGACGUGGACAGCGACGAAAUCAACCUGGUCAUCUCGGACUCGAUCGUCAAGGUCAUCAUCGGCGAGAUGGUGCUCCGCCCCGAGGACGAGCUUGCGGCCUUGGAGGCGGACGGCGACGACGGGGAAGAGCUCACGGGCAUCGACGCUCGCAACCGGAAGAUCGCCAAGCUGCGGCGCAGUGCGCUGAUCCCGGCUGUGAUGCGCUUCAAGCUCGUCAUCAAGCACGUGUCGGUCGGCUUGCCGUUCCGGCAGGUCGCCAGGGUAAUCGAGGACACAAAGAACACGGGCUUGAUCGCCAAGCUGGGAGGCAUGAACGACACACUGGUCGGCCGGUACGCCCAUGUGAUUGUCGGUCACUCGCUGCGGGCGCUUGCCACAAUCAUCGCCUCCGACGACGAGACCGUGAUUGUCAAGCUUCUCGACGCUCUGUUCACGGGGUGGAUUCGGAAGCUGAUCGGCGUCACGAUGGAUGGGGAGAAGACGAACAUGGGGCACCGAAACGGCGUCCAGGUGCGCAUGGCGAGGUACGCCCAGUUCAAACUUCGCCGGCAGUCGAAUUUGAUCACGGAAAUGGGCGUGACAAGCCCCAAUAAGACAAACCGGUGGAUCGCGCUCGGAGCUGUGCUCAAGUUCGACAUUGCUCACGAACCGAGAAUCACAACCUUUUUCGCCGAGCGCGCCGCCGAGGGCAACAUGGCUCAGCCGCCUGUGCUGAAGUCGACCUGGUGGGUCCUCGUGCAUGCUCUUUCCCCAACCAUUGAGUUGAUCACUGAGACUUUCGUCAAUCACCAGCAGCGCAAUUUGGUACUCUGCCAGCAACGGAAGCUGUUUCUCGUUCUCGCCGACGAAAUUGCCGACUUGUUCGAGGUGUGCCGCAUCGCCGACUUCGAGGUCGACUGCGAGGGCGACUUCGACGACCUGCCUGUCAAUACCUACGUGCAGCGAAACCAGUCAAUCGUGCUCAUCGCCUCGCUUUGCGACUACGUCGAAGACCUCGGGUCGCGCGCUCGAGUGCACAGGGAGAAGCUUGACAACAUCGAGCAAUCACAAGUCUUGAGGACGAUCGGACUGUUCGCCAUCGGCAUCACGGACGGCAUCCACCAAGUGGAAGCUGAGCGCGCCCCAAUGAACAACCCGUCCAUAGAGCUCGCGCCACCCAUCAUGCCGCACGACCUCGUCAAGAUGAGACCCGCGACAUUUGUCUCGGAGGUGCUAGAGCCGCGGAAGCCACAGCUCGAGGCGACGUCCUGA